AUGGCUAGACCGACUUUUACUCGGCAAAAUCAUCAGGACCACCGCCGUUAUUUGGAUAUGUUAAAGAGUGAAUUUUUAAAAAGAUACGAAGAUCCUCCUCCACCUGAAAAAUCUCCAACAGAUUAUGAUAGUAUAAAAGCUAUUGGUAACGGAGCAUACGGAGAAGUCUUUUUAGUGAGAGAUAAAUGUACAUUCACUUAUCACGCUAUGAAAGUCGUUUCAAAAAAAGUUGUCGUUGAUCGAAAACAUGUAAAACAUUUAAUAUUAGAAAAAAAAAUACUUCAAGCUGUUCAAUUUCCAUUUUUAGUAUCUUUAGAUGAAGCAUUCAAAGAUAAUUUAUAUCUUUACUUUAUACUACCAUACAUUGCUGGGGGUGAAUUAUUUACAUAUAUACAAAAAUAUGGUAAUUUUUCAGAUUCUCUUUCAAAAUUUUACGCUAGUCAGGUAACGUUGGCCUUAGAGUAUCUACAUCAUUGUGAUAUCGUCCACAGAGACAUUAAGCCCGAGAAUAUUCUUCUUGAUAUAAAUGGAUAUAUCAAGCUAUGUGAUUUUGGUUUCUGUAAAAUUCUUAAAAAAAAGACAUGGACUUUAUGUGGUACUCCAGAAUAUUUAGCUCCGGAAGUAAUUAUGUCAAAAGGUUAUUCAUUCGCUGUGGAUUGGUGGGCUCUGGGAGUGUUAAUAUUCGAAAUGGGCUCAGGGUACCCUCCAUUUUUUGCUUCAGAUCCGAGUAAACUAUAUGAAAAGAUAAUAGAAGGCCAUUUUAAGUGUCCAGAUACUUUAAAUUCUGAUUGUAAGCAAUUAAUUAAAAGUUUGCUGCAAGUAGAUCCACUAAAGCGCCUGGGAUCCCUUAAAAGCGGCGUAUAUGAUAUUAAGGGACAUUCAUGGUUUAAUGAUAUCUGCUGGCAAUCUGUAUUACAUCAAAGGAUUCAACCGCCUUUUGUGCCUAUCUGCACUUCACCGGGUGAUACCAGUAAUUUUCCAGAAGUAGAACAAACGAAGCUUAAAAAGAGUUCAAAAUGCCAAUAUGAAGAUGAGUUUGAAGAUUUU